UGCAAUAUUUAUUUAUCAAAAUAAAAUGGAUCUUAUAUAUGCCGUUAAUAGAAGAAAUGUCAAAUCUAGCCUCAGUUCCGAGAGGUUUUGCGAUGGACACUCGUUGUGUUCAUUAUCCAGCCGUAAUGUUGCUGCUUUUACAACAACGACUGAAUUGGAUGAUUUCAACGGAAGAACCUGGGGCUCUCAUGUUUACAUUUGCGACUUGAAUAUGCCAUGGCAUUCCCAUAAAGUAUUGUCAAAUAAAACCAACAUCACUGCCCUAGAGUGGGAUUUGCCAGGUGAUAAAUUGGUCGUUGCCGAUGAAUCGGGAAACAUUCAGUUAUGGACUUUCAAGGAUCACAUACUGAAUGAUUGGAUGCUGAUUGGGUCUGCGUGUUUUCCUGGAGAACAUAUUCUCAGCACCGCCUGGUUUCACAAUGGCAAAAAGAUCGGGCUAGUUGCCGAAAAGAAAGACAGCAUUUACUACAAUGACAAAUUCAACCACCUGAGAUUCGCCCCCUCGGUAAGGCAGUUUGGUGGGCGCGCAGCCGAAGGAGUCUUAGUUGUUUCAACUACAGGGAUGGUCGGAGCCGUAAUGAUAUCGAAAGAUUCCCCAAGCCAAAUUUGUUUUGCGACAGAAAGCCUCGGAAGUACGCGGCACAGAAUAACUGCCGUGGACAUUUGUUACGGUAAAAAUGGACACUAUCUAGUGGCGGUGAGCAGCGGUAGUGUUGCACUACCGAUUAGAUGCUACAGAGUAUCCGUUAGAAAAACUGAUGAAAAAUGUUACAUCACUUCGCAGGCGCUUCCUAGUUUUUUUCUACAUGAUAGCGUCAUCCAGGAUAACAUGUACACAAAAGUAACUCACUUGAAAUUUGUGGUCCGAGAGGAUGCUGAUUCUUUGAUUGUCGCUGCGAAUGGAGACAAUGGAGGGCUUGUCGAAGUCUGGGAGCUCAGGGAGAAAUCUCAAACUGUGCAUAAACUUUUUCAACCAAAAACCCUCGAGUCAUUCAAAACUGUUGUUUGGCAGAAUCAGUCUCAGUACCAAUGCAAAUCUCCUGUGGUAGCCCUAACUACAACUAAACUGGCAAUCGUUACGACGUUGCCACCACCCAGUUGUGUGAUUAUUGCCUUGGCAGAUUCCUCCAUACAUUAUCUCAAUCGAGACUGUCUGAAAGAAAUCGCCUUAACAUCUUUGAACAUGCCUUGGCGACAGGAUGAGCCGAGCAACAAAUUCCAAAGGCUUACACUCUCUAUAUCUCAUAUCGAUAUCUCGUGGCUAGGUGGAAUUCUUCUCGUUAUUGACACCCAAGGCACACUCUACCUUUACAGACUACUUUUGGAUGGUGGUCCUUCAAUGACACUGGGUUACGCUUGUACAAUGCUAGAGUAUUGCCUCGUCACCGGACUCGAUUGCUUGGAUUUACUUCUCUGUCUAAGAUCCUCGAUGAUUGAAACCCUGUGCGAACGCCUUGACUUAUCGUACAACAGACAGCCAGCCCCGAUCCAACAAUUCUACUAUGUUCAAUUCCUUUGCAUUAAGACUUGUCUCUUCAGAAUGUUAUCAGCUGGUCAGUCCAAAGCAGCAGAUCUGUCAUCUCUCCUAAUGAUUCAUUCGGUAGCGACAGCGUUUAAGUCUCUGCUAAGACCGUCAGCUUUGAUUUCUCAUGACAAAGGGCCAGCCGAGAGUCUAGCAGCAGUUAUUACAGAACCUAUUACAGAUGUCGAUAAGGUGAUGUUCCAUUUGGAUCCAAAGGAAUUCACGGUGGAGCCAAGCACUUUACAAUCACUGCAGCAACUAAUUCAAUGGGUCGCCGACAUGGCUCUGAAUCUCCUUGCUCGAUUACCGGAACAACGUACACAGCUCAAAUCUGGCGGGGUUGGUAUUUACGAACUUCUCAAGGACUAUAAAGCGUUGAACAAUCUUCGUGAGCUGCUCGUAAUUAUUCGGAUAUGGGGCUUACUACGUCCGUCGUGUUUACCUGUUUUCCUUCGAAACACAGACAAUCUCGAUGCGCUGCCGCUGCUGUUCAGAUUACUCUCUCGGUUGGUUCAACUCAAUGGAGAAAAUCAGCAGCAGCAAAUCGACGAAGGACUAAUCGACGAAUGUUGUCAUUUACCAAACCAAAUAAUGAUACCGCAACUCCACCAAGCGAGCAGCAUCACCGCUAUAGCAACACCCAUGCUAUUUUGUCACAAUCUUCCUCUUCAGUUAGAAUUCGGCGUCGAACCUGAGCUACUGGUGUUUGUACCGGAGUUGAAUCCAAUUGAAGGCUGCAUGCACACUGGUCAAGUAUUGGACAGCAUUCGUCACUUAUAUCUUGGAAAGCAACCUCUUCUGGUGAAACAAUGCUCGAGGUGUGGGGGAAAAGCUCAAGUACAAAAUAUGAUGAGAACUGCGGCGAUUCGGGCCUGGGAUCAGAGAUGGGCGCGGACUUGUAGAUGCGGAGGACUGUGGCGAAUUCGCCGAAUGUCUCAAUAACAGGUAUGGCGAAGGUUCGGUGUUGCAUGAAAUAUGAUUCUUCAUACCGCCUAGGGCGUUAUGCGCUUGGGGUCGCGUGGGAACAUCGACGUUUUUCGAAUAUUGUCCAAGCCGAGGUAAAGCAUCACAACGCGUUCCAUUCCUAUACCGCCGCCAGCGUGAGGCGGGCAGCCGAAUCUGAACGCAUCUAUGUAGGCCUUUAUCUUCUCGAUAUCUGCGAAUUAAUGAAUUUUUUAUUGAAUGAAAAGACAGCUGUUGCAAUUCUCUGUCCAAAAAAGAGGAUACAGGUUUACCUAUGUUAUGGACUUUCGCUCUUUCAAUGAGAAAAUCGGGAUCAUGAAUACGUUGAGCACCCGAAAGAAUUUCCUCACCGCGCAUGAACAUGUCGUAAGAAUUCGAGGCCCCCUAGAAUAUCAUUGUGAAUGAAAAUAAAGCAGUUUGAAUAUUGUGAAUAAUAUUUUACAUGUUGUGCAGAUGUUCGCUUACGUUAUUUCUCGGGUCUGGCAUGGUGUAGAAUGGCCUGACAGCGAGCGGAUAUUUAUCGAGUAUGUAAAAGUCCGUGUCGUACUGUGAAUUUAAAAUUACAUUCGUUGUCAGUUGUGGUAUGAAAAUAGUGUUUAUUCGUUUCCCAAAAUGCCCUUCUUACUUUCGCCUUGACGAGUUUUCCCAGUAAUUUUUCAUCCGGAGUUGACAAAUCGUCCUCUGGACCGAUUGUGACACCGGCCUCUGCUAGCAAACUUAUUGCCUGAUGAAAUUCCAAUCUGAGUGGAGGAUCUAGAAAAGUGAACGGCUCCACAGGGAAUUGUUCGCUGACGGCUUUAAUUUCGGCGGCGUAUCUAUAGAAUUGAAAAAAAAAAAAAUAAAUAAAAAAUAAUUCAGUAGUUUCAUGAAUUGCUUUAAUUAUUCGAAAAACUGUUGUCACACAAAAUAAGAACUCUUUCAAGUCUGUGUUACUAACUGGUCACGAAGUCCUUUGAAUAUCUCGGUGAACAUUUGGCCGAUAGUUUCGACCACCUCGUGAUAAUGAUAUUUGAAUGCCAUUUCUAAAUCUAGUCCCACAAACUCGGUCAAAUGUCUAUGGGUGUUCGAAUCCUCUGCUCG